AUGUCUUCCAACAGUUUCGCUCCCAACGGCCUUCCCAUGCCCAGUGGCGGACUAGCUGCUCGACGUGGCAGCCAAAACCCCAAGCCUCUCGCGGUUGAUGUUAUCAGCCAACCCCAGGACAGGGACUCUGGUGUCCCCACCCCUCGCACUAGCCGUUCCCACCUUCUUGCUGGUCUUAGGACCGCUCCCAAGUCCGCUACUGCUGCCUCGUUCGGCCCUCAGUCUCCUACGACCGGUCCUCAGCAGCAGUAUGCCCGGAACUCCAUGGCUGGAAAUGCCUAUGGCAUGGGCCAGGACAAGACUUACAACGCUCCUAAGACGGCUCACCCGUAUGGUUCUCAAAGCAACUACAACCAGUCGGUAAACCAGCAGUACACUUUUGACCAGAUCCUGUCGCCUCCUGAGCUCUCGGAAGAGCAUGACCCAAACUUGUACAGCCAGCUUCUGGCCACCAAUCUUUAUCUUGCUCAGCAGCAGCAGCGCCUCCAACAGCAGCUCAUGACCGUGCAGAAUGCGGCUCAGCAGUUCCAGCAACUCAACCUCAACAACCCCCAGCUCAUUCAACAGCAGCAUGCCCUGUACGAGCAGCAGCAGCAACUCCAAACCAUGCAACAGCAGAUUCAGCUUCGAGCUGCUCUCAGCCAACAGCAGCAGCAGCAGCACCAAGCUCAACAACAGCAACAGCAGGUUUACUACUUCAACCCCGUGACCAACGAGUACUUCCUCCCUACCCAGCAGCAACAGCAGCAGGUUCAGGCCACACAGCUUUACAACGAGCAGCCCUCCACCCCCGGUUUCAGUGGUUUCCAGCAACACCUCCAGCAACACCACCAAGGCACACCCUCGGUGCAGGUUUCGCCUCCCACUGAAUCGCAGCCCUUCUCGUUCCGCAGCAACUCACCUCCUAAGCGCUAUGAGUCUCCUACGGAAGUGGCCCCUCUUCCUCCUCCCUCGGCCAAUGCUUUCCGCCGUGGACACAAGAAGGCCUCUUCUCUCGCUCCUGUCAACAGUGCCAUUGCCGCUGCUAUGGCGUCUGACGCCGCUCCCAAGUCUGCUGGACCCAAGACCUCUACUUUCCCCAUGACCCCUAUGACUGGUGGAUAUGGACCUGGUCAGGCUCGUGCCGGAGAGCACCCUAUUCGCCAACCCCGUGGUCCUCCUUCUCUAGACGAACUCAAGCAGAAGCCCACUGCGAAGUAUGAGGGAAGCAAGAACUUUUCUGCUCGCACGCGCCGCUCUGCUGUUUCCAACCUUGUCCGUGCUGGUCUAGAGCGCCGCAAGGGCACUGGUAGUUCUUGUGGCAGCAUGAGCCCAGUUUCCGAGACUGCCGAAGAGUCAUCGACUCCUAUUACUGACAACGAGUCUGACUCUGGUCGCAGUGGAUCUGGCAGCCUCGCAGGGGAUAUGGAAUGCCCUAGCUCACGCACAUCUGCCAGUGGAAGCUGGGGUGCUAUCGGCUCUGACCGUCCUAGCUCGCGCCAGAAGACACGCAAGAGCGUCGAUAGCAUCGACAGUGUCAGCUCCAACGGUGAGAGUGAGACCAACUCUUUCGCUGAUGUGUUCAAGAACGGCGCUCUGCGAGCUGCCAAGGCACAAGAUUCGGCCGAAAACCAGCGCAAGGCACACAGGCGGGUAUUCACUAAGAGCACACCUUCUGCUUAAAGGCGAUGCCUCGACUUGGAACCUUUCUCACUGUCACGAUUUACGCGCUCGGACUUUUCAUUCUGUACACAUGACUGCUCGGACUGGGCUGCAUUUUGAUGGUUGUCGUUUAGUCUUUUUCUGAUCACCACGGGAGUCUUGUUACCAUCUGCAUGGGAGGUGGAUGAAACAUGUUUUCUUUGUCUUUUGCGAACUCUUACUAUUACAGAAGUUUAUAAUUCGCUUCACAGUCUCUCCUUUAGACUUUUCUACUUCGUCAUGACAUUGGGGGGAAUCGCCCGGGGAUAAUCUUGUCUCAGCCUGGAUGGACGAAUGGGUUACUUGGGGGGUUGAUGAGGAAUCUUUAUACCAAUGAGGAUGAGAAGCAUCACCGGGAAACAAGUCUGGCCUGAAAACCUCUGUGAGGCAGUUAGCCAGCCCCUGAUGUGGUUUACGGCCGGUGUUCCUACGGGAAUAGUAUUUCGGCAAAUUUGACAUUUGCUUUCGUUGCAUUCGUUAUGGUAUCUCUUAAUGCCUUUCUCUACCGCUGGUUGCAGAUUCGCCGGACCGGUCAAGAGAUGGGCAGAUUUAUAGAUAGUUUACAAUGGCACAAUC